UGACGCCGCGUUCUGUCGCGGCGCCGGCGCCACCGCUAUCGCCUCCUCGCCAUCUUCUAUCAGAGGAGCCCGGUCGUUCACCCUGCGCGGCUCCGUGGACGGCGGCAGCUUUGCCCCAGUUUUCUCUCGGCUGGACCGGACCGGACCGAACCGAGCGCACGCUCUCUCACCCGGGAAGGGGCAGGUGGGUUUCCUGUGGAUGCUCCAAUUUCCUCCUACAGUCUAAAGACAGACAAGUUAGUAGUAGGAAGGAACUGCUACCUAAAGAAAAAUAUAGCUGGGUCAUAAUAUGAACAGUCCAGUUAAUUUUGGAUGAUUGAAAGGGGCUUGGAUCAGCAAAUGAAUGAAGCAAUGCAGCAAGUGUUGGACAACCUCAAUGAGUUGCCCACCUCAACAGGAGCGAAGGAGAUAGAUCUGAUCUUCCUCAAAGGAAUAAUGGAGAGUCCAAUUGUCAGAUCUCUUGCCAAGGCUCAUGAACGACUUGAAGACACCAAGCUAGAAGCUGUGAGAGAGAAUAAUGUGGAUCUUGUGAAGCAAAUUCUUGAGGACAUCAGCUGUGUCACCCAUCACAAUGAGUAUGCGGCAGAGUUGGCUAUAAUUCUCAAGGCGCCACAUUUUCAGUCACUUUUGGAAGCCCAUGAUUUAGUUGCAUCAAAGUGCUAUGAAACACCACCCUCAAGCCCCAGUCUCCUAAACGAUUCCUUGUGUAACCAGACGGCAUCAGGGGAUGCAGUUCGUAUGAUUGGAAUUCAGAAGAAAGCCGGUGAGCCUUUGGGUGUUACCUUUAGGGUGGAGGACAGUGAACUGGUAAUUGCAAGGAUUCUUCAUGGUGGUAUGAUUGAUCGGCAAGGUCUUCUGCAUGUGGGGGAUAUCAUUAAGGAAGUCAAUGGCACUGAAGUUGGAUCCGACCCAAAGGUACUGCAAGAAAUGUUGAAGGAUUGCAGCGGUGGAAUUUCAUUUAAGAUUUUGCCCAGUUAUAAAGAAACUCCUGUGCCCUUGCAGGUCUUUGUGAAAUGCCAUUUUGAUUACAAUCCAGCCAAUGACAGUUUAAUCCCAUGCAAAGAUGCAGGGUUGAAGUUUUCUAGAGGGGACAUCCUUCAAGUUGUGAAUCGAGAAGAUCUCAACUGGUGGCAGGCUUUUCACAUGAAGGGAGGAGGAAGUGCAGGUCUAAUUCCCAGCCAGAUGUUGGAAGAAAAAAGAAAAGCCUUUGUUAAACGGGACUGGGAUCUCUCAGGUUCCUCUGGGCCAUUUUGUGGAAUAAUAACUGGUAAAAAGAAGAAAAAGAUGAUGUACCUCACAACAAAAAAUGCAGAAUUUGAUCGGCAUGAAAUUAUGAUCUACGAGGAAGUAGCGAGGAUGCCACCCUUUCAAAGAAAGACUCUAGUGUUGAUAGGAGCACAAGGUGUGGGACGACGGAGUUUAAAAAAUCGGCUCAUCGUAAUGAAUCCCAUGCGGUUUGGAACAACUGUCCCAUUUACUUCAAGGAAACCGAGAGAUGAUGAACAGGAUGGGCAUGCUUAUAGGUUUGUAUCAAGAGCAGAAAUGGAGGUAGACAUCAAAGCUAGCAGAUACCUGGAACAUGGGGAGUAUGAAGGAAACCUUUACGGGACAAAGAUCGACUCCAUCCAUGAGGUUGUUCACACAGGACGAAUGUGCAUUUUGGAUAUUAAUCCACAGGCACUGAAGAUAUUGAAGACAGCUGAAUUUAUGCCGUAUAUUGUGUUUGUUGCUGCUCCCGAAUUAGAAACACUUCGUGCCAUGCACAAAGCUGUCAUUGAUGCUGGCAUCACAACUAAACUUCUAACAGACACAGACUUGAAAAAGACAGUAGAUGAAAGUGCUCGAAUUCAGCGAGCAUAUAGCCACUACUUUGAUUUGACCAUUGUCAAUGAUAACUUGGACAAGGCUUUUCAGAAACUACAGACUGCAAUAGAAAAACUCUUUAUCGAGCCACAAUGGGUCCCGGUUAAUUGGGUAUACUAAUACAUUGAGGAUUAAAUCUUUUCUUGGUUGCUUCGAUAAGAAUUGAAUAACAUUACAUCAGAUGCAGAGGCAGGAAAGCUCUGUUUUAUCUCAUGCCUUUAUAUUCUUUCUAGAUUUUGUUUAUAGUACACUAUUUUGGCAUUUUAUAUAAAUAACUGAAGGGAAAGUGUUCUUAUAAAUGUAAUUUAUUUUAAUUUUUUUCUAACUUUUUACAGCUGGUGUUUGUACCCAUACAUAUCAAGUGAAGGAAAAUAAGUUGCAAUGAAAUUCUUAUUUGCCUUCAAGUAUCUAGUUUACAGACAUAUAUUCAAGUCUUAAGCUUUUUUGAUGCAAAGUAAAUUUUUUUUUCAGAUUUCAAACUUCUAAUUGGUCAUAAAAUUAUUGGUUAACUAAAUCUCUCUUGAAUGUUUCACCUGAAGGUUUGCAUCAAGUAAUAUAUAAUUUCUGUAAUACUUGCAGAUGAUGAAAUCCUUCAGGUGUUAGCAGUUAAUACGUAGCUACAGUCUAUUCCAAAAAUGUAGUGAGUCCUCCUCCCAUUUGAUAUUUGUAAAGAACAACUUAAGCUGAUCUCUGGCCUUGAAUUGUCACCAUUUUAUCUCUUCACCGUUUCUGCCUGCAUCAUUUGAGUUCAAGUUGAAUAUAGGCAAUCCCUGUGUACUUACUAUUCUGAAAAAGUCAACAGAUUGCAAGUUGAUAUCAUUAUCAAGUAAUUCAAAAGUUCAAAGUUAAUUUAUUAUCUAAGUACGUACAUGUCACCAAAUGCUACCCUGAGAUUCAUUUCCUUGCAGGCAUUCACAGUAGAGUGAAGAUGUUGAUGACUGUUCUUGACUCCGUUUUCUAAGGAUAAACAUUUAUCAGUUACUUUAUCCCUAUUUUGAAAGUGUCUUGCAUUUGUAUAAGCACUUUCAGUACAAUGGCAUAUGCCAAGAUGCUGCAUGACAACCUCCAGCACUACCUGGCAGAUAGGCUAAGGAGUGAGGUAGGCGACUUUAGUGUUAGAGCUAUUGUGGCCGGUCAGUAAACUGCAAUUCUGGAUGGCUUCCACUAUACCUUUAAAUAUCUCCCUCUUCUAUCACUUGGAUCUGUGCUAAUUUGUUAACCAGCAUAAUUAUUGUUUGUCUUCUUGAAGGAAUUAGAAGACAGUUUGUGAGAAUGAAACCUAAGUCUAUGUUCUUCUGUUUUGUCAAGUAUGAUCCAGAAUGCAUUAUGGAAUGUGGUUGGCUAAGAGAGCUCUUGCAUUACUUAAAAAAAACUAAAGCUAGGGCUUGUCACCAUUUCUUGUGAUCGUUGUCUUUUUGUCAUUUUCUCAAUCACAGAAUUGGUAUUUCUACAGACAUUAUCUUUUCAUCCUAGCCAAAGAGCCCAUACUGCUGCUGAUCUUUCAUGUAUGUCAUUCCUUUCUGGUAACUGUUAACUGCUGAAUUAUAAACCCUCCUUUUGUGUCAUGCUGACUAGUAUGAUUCAGAAGUACUUUAGUCAUGCAAUAGGCUGAAACAAUUUAUUUUCUCCUGAAAAUAGCUGUUAGCUAUUUUUAACCAAAAAUGAGCAAAGCAAACAUAAUCUUAAAAUAUGUUUCUUUAAAUUAAGUAGAAAUUGUCCAAAUCAAAAUUCAUGAUUAGCCCACAUCUAUCUUAAUAGUGGUGGCAAUUUAAAAGAUUCUUAUAGGUGUUAGUUAUUAAUUUAAGCUCAUUUUGGAUUCCAAACUGUGCUACAUGUGAAUGGAAUAGACUGUGGCUUUCUCUUCUCUCCGUUACUAUUUACACAACUCUUUAA